GUUUAUUUUUAACCGAAAGUGAAGCGUAACCGGAGGAAGCCAACGCUGAUAGUCUACCGGCGCUUUGCUGCUGAAGUGUGGAGCAGCUUUUGCAAUUUUCUGCCCUGGCUAUUAACUGGUCCACGGAAGAGGAGGACCCUCCUGUCAGUCCACCAUGGCGGACAUCAAGAACUUCCUGUACGCCUGGUGUGGGAAAAAGAAGCUGACUCCAAACUACGACAUCCGAGCAGCGGGCAACAAAAACAGGCAGAAGUUUAUGUGUGAGGUCCGAGUCGAUGGCUUCAACUACAUUGGGAUGGGAAACUCCACCAAUAAGAAGGACGCGCAGACCAACGCCGCCCGCGAUUUCGUCAACUAUCUGGUCCGAAUCGGAGAGAUGAACGCAGCAGAGGUCCCGGCCCUCGGGGCGAGCGCUCCCAUCGCAGAUCAACCUGAUGCAGCUGGAGAUUCCGGCUUUGGAAACCUCCCUUCUAGCGGUCCUCUACCACCUCACCUGGUAGUGAAAGCUGAGCAAGGGGACGACAGCGUCAGUGGGCCGGUUCCAGGAGUGACCGGACUGGGUUACGCAGGAGCAGGAAACUCGGGUUGGGGCAGAGGAGGAAGUGACGGAGGAGCUCAGUGGGACCGAGGAGCCAACCUGAAGGAGUAUUACGCCAAGAGAGACGAACAGGAAGCGCAGGCGACUCUGGAGUCGGAGGAAGUGGAUCUGAACGCUAACCUUCACGGAAACUGGACUCUGGAGAACGCCAAGGCCCGUCUGAACCAGUUCUUCCAGAAGGAGAAAACCAGUGCUGAGUAUAAAUACAGCCAAGUGGGACCGGACCACAACAGGAGCUUCAUAGCAGAGAUGCAGCUUUUUGUGAAGCAGCUCGGCAGAAGGAUCACGGCUCGAGAGCACGGCUCCAACAAGAAGCUGGCGGCUCAAUCGUGCGCUCUGUCUCUGGUCCGACAGCUGUAUCACCUGGGGGUCAUCGAGGCGUACUCCGGGGUCACCAAGAAGAAGGAGGGAGAAACUCUGGAGGCGUUUGAGGUCAACGUGUCCCCAGACCUGCAGCAGCAGCUGGCCUGUGUGGUCCAGGAGCUCGGAGUCAGCGUCCCCCCACCGCCUGCAGACCCCAACAGCCCGGUGUCUCUGGUUCAGGGGAAGCUGGCGUACUUCGAGCCGUCACAGAGGCAGACCGGAGCCGGCGUCGUCCCCUGGUCGCCUCCUCAGGUCAACUGGAACCCCUGGACCAGCAGCAACAUCGACGAGGGGCCGCUGGCCUACUGCCCUCCGGAGCAGAUCAGCGGCGACCUGCACGACGAGCUGAAGUACCAGCUGGAGCACGACGAAAACCUGCAGAAGCCGGGGCGGUGUAGCGACACAGUUGGUGCUCUCAGUCAAACGGCUUCUCUUCCCAUUGGCCGGCGACGCCGCUUCUUCUGUGCAGGGCAUCACAUCCUCGCAGCGACCGCCUGCCGACUGGUGAUCAGCGCCGUGUCCGUGGCUGAGAGGGUCGCCUUUGAGAGAGCAGAGGAUCUUGGGAAAAGCUGUGGCUACAGCGUCCGAUUUGAGUCCGUCCUGCCUCGACCCCACGCCAGCGUGCUCUUCUGCACCGUCGGGGUUCUUCUGCGGAAGCUGGAAGCAGGAAUCAGAGGCAUCAGUCACGUCAUCGUCGACGAGAUCCACGAGAGAGACAUCAACACGGACUUCCUCAUGGUGGUCCUCAGAGACGUGGUCCAGGCGUACCCGGACGUGCGCAUCAUCCUCAUGUCGGCCACCAUCGACACCACCAUGUUCAGAGAGUACUUCUUCAGCUGCCCCGUCAUCGAGGUGUUUGGACGCACCUUCCCUGUCCAAGGAAGCAACCGGUACCGAAUCCUGCCGCUGCACUCUCAGAUCCCUCGAGAGGAGCAGAGGAGGGUGUUUGAACCAGUUCCUGAUGACAUCAGAAAGGUGAUCCUGUCCACCAACAUCGCCGAGACGAGCAUCACCAUCAAUGAUGUCGUCUAUGUCAUCGACUCCUGCAAGCAGAAAGUGAAGCUGUUCACCUCCCACAACAAUAUGACCAACUACGCCACCGUCUGGGCCUCCAAGACCAACCUGGAGCAGAGGAAAGGUCGAGCCGGCAGAGUGCGACCGGGGUUCUGCUUCCACCUCUGCAGCCGCGCUCGAUUCGACAAGUUGGAGACUCACAUGACUCCAGAGAUCUUCAGAACGCCGCUGCAUGAAAUCGCCCUGAGCAUCAAACUGCUGAGACUCGGAGGCAUCGGCCACUUCCUGUCUAAGGCUAUCGAGCCACCGCCACUGGACGCCGUCAUUGAGGCCGAACACACCUUGAAAGAGCUGGACGCUCUGGACUCCAACGACGAGCUGACCCCUCUAGGGCGGAUUCUGGCUCGGCUGCCGAUCGAACCUCGGCUGGGGAAGAUGAUGAUCAUGGGCUGCAUCUUCCACGUCGGCGAUGCGAUGUGCACCAUCUCGGCCGCCUCCUGUUUCCCAGAGCCGUUCAUCAGCGAGGGGAAGCGUCUCGGCUUCGUGCACAGAAACUUUGCUGGCAGUCGUUUCUCGGAUCACGUGGCGCUGCUGUCCGUGUUCCAGGCCUGGGACGACGUCAGGAUUAACGGAGAGGAGGCGGAGAGUCGCUUCUGUGACCACAAACGUCUCAACAUGGCGACUCUGAGGAUGACCUGGGAGGCCAAAGUCCAGCUGAAGGAGAUCCUGGUGAACUCUGGAUUUCCUGAAGAGUGUCUCAUGACGCAGAUGUUCAACACGGUGGGGCCGGACAACAACCUGGACGUGGUGGUCUCGCUGCUGACCUUCGGCUCGUACCCCAACGUCUGCUACCACAAAGAGAAGAGGAAGAUCCUGACCACCGAGGGGCGCAACGCCCUCAUCCACAAAUCCUCCGUCAACUGUCCCUUCAGCAGCCACGACAUGAUCUACCCGUCGCCAUUCUUCGUCUUCGGCGAGAAGAUCCGAACCAGAGCGAUCUCGGCUAAAGGGAUGACGCUGGUCAGUCCUCUGCAGCUGCUGCUGUUCGCCUGCAAGAAGGUGACCUCUAACGGCGAGCUCGUGGAGCUCGACGACUGGAUCAAACUGACGAUUGCUCACGAGGUGGCGGGGAGCAUCCUGGCUCUGCGGGCCGCCCUGGAGGCGGUGGUGGUGGAGGUGACCAAAGACCCGGAGUACAUCAGACAGAUGGACCAAACCAACGAGCGGCUCCUAAACGUCAUCAGACACGUCUCCAAACCGUCGGCGGCCGGGCUCAACAUGAUGGCCACCAGCCAGAGGUAA